AUGCUCAACUUCGUUCUGAGGAAUGCCUGUGAAGUUUCAGGACCUACAGAAAGAGGUGCUGAAAUGGUACCUGGACGCACUGUCAAUAGAGCACAAACCCUUGAAUCAACUUCAGUGGUCUACAUAUGCAGCAAAUAUGAUCAGGACCUACAGAAAGAGGUGCUGAAAUGGUACCUGGACGCACUGUCAAUAGAGCACAAACCCUUGAAUCAACUUCAGUGGUCUACAUAUGCAGCAAAUAUGAUCAGGUAA